AUGCCAGUCUACACAACCGAUCACUCCACUUCUGUCCUAAAAACCCACAGUUGGCGCACAGCGUCCAAUUCCGCCGCCUACCUCCUACCUCAUAUAAAUCCGACGUCCAAAAUCCUGGACAUUGGGUGUGGCCCCGGCUCAAUUAGUGUCGAUUUCGCUCGCCGUGCGAACCAAGGACAUGUCAUAGGGAUCGAAAAUGUCCCUGAUCCGCUGGACAAGGCUCGACACCUGGCCACCUCGCAAGGCGUGACGAACAUCGAAUUUCGGCUGGGUGAUAUUCACGCUCUCGACUUCCCGGAUAAUACCUUCGACAUUGUCCAUGUACAUCAGGUGCUACAACACGUUGCUGAUCCUGUUAAAGCGCUAUCCGAGAUGAGGCGUGUCGUGAAAUAUGGUGGAAUUGUCGCAGCAAGGGAAUCCGCGGCCAUGAUGUGGUACCCAGAGAAUCGCGGGCUCGACCACUGGCUUAAAAUUGGUCAACAGAUGGGGAAGGCAAAAGGUGGAAAUCCGCAUCCUGGACGAUAUAUUCAUGUCUGGGCGGAAGAGGCUGGGUUUGAUCGGGCGAAUAUUAGGAAAAGCACUGGGUCGUGGUGCUUUAGUAGCCCUGAGGAGAGGCAGUAUUGGGGUGGAUCGAUGGGAGAGAGGGUGCGAUCUUCGGGCAUGGCGAAGACAGCUGUUGAGGAAGGGUACGUAACGGAGGAAGAACUAGAGAAAAUCUCUGAGGGAUGGAGGGAGUUUGUCAAGGAUGAACAGGCGUGGUUUGGGUUGAUGCAUGGGGAAAUAUUAUGCUGGAAGUAG